GUUUUAUUUACUUCCUCUUCACCCUUAAACUUUGAGAACAGAUUCCAGGACGAUGGAGGUUCCAGGGAAGAAACUGCAGGCUGGGACAUCUGCAGAGGACACCGCAUACUGCCAGCCUUGUGAACAAGAUGACGAAUUUCUCCCUGCUGAGGUAUAUUGUACCGUCUGCAAAGAGUUCCUCUGCUAUAACUGCGCAAGUGUCCAUAGGAAACUCAAAAUUACUAGAUCGCAUUUCCUUCUUGACAAAUCAAAUAUGCCUGAAUCUAUCGGUGGCCAUGAAGUUGAAUAUGAAUGCACAGAGCCUUGUGAUAUCCAUCCGAAAGAGUUUAUCAAAUACUUUUGCACCACCCAUAAGACCAUCAUUUGUGGACACUGUGCAGUACAGAUCCAUCGAUCGUGUCAUGCUGAUGUCAUAUCAGAUAUAUCCAAGGCCUACAAAGAUGGAAAAGAGUAUGGGGAUAUCAUGAAAAAAAUUGCCAGGUUAUUUGAAGAGAUAGAUUUAUGCGCGUCUAAUGUAGAGAAAAACGUGGACGUUGUAGCAAAGUUAGGUGAAAAUGAAGUUGAAAAGCUGAGAAGAUACCGAGAGGAAGUAAACAAGUAUUUUGAAGAAAGAGAACAGGCACUGUUAAAGUUUAUAGAGAAGACGAAACACUUGGAUGAAGAAUUACUGGGGUCUCUGAAACCGAAAUAUAAAAAUCUUAAGUCAAAGGUAGAAGAAAUAAAUACCAAACUGGAAGCACAAGGAAACAACAUGAUACAGUUGUUCAUUGAGACCAAAAGAGCCAAGGAGCUAUUAGAUGGUCUGCAGAUUGAACUUGCUGACAUUAACAAAGAAAAUGCCGUUCACCACUACGAAUUCAGAAAAGAUCCAGCCACAGAGCGCCUCAUUACAUCUGAUCCUGGACUUGGUACUUUAGAAAACAUUAUGACUCAACCACACAACAUCGCGUCCGCUUCAGCAGAGAGCGGCCAUGGCAUAAUAGGACUUACAGUUCAGGGAGAUGGCCAAAGGGAAACCAUGGCAACUGCCGAACCUACAGUGAGUCAGGCUACUGUGGACUUGACUAUAUUAAGAUUUACACCAGCUAUGGACAUCCCAAUGAAAUCUCCAACACACGAUAGGGACUGCAAACUGUCUAGCAUGGUCCACCUUGCCGGAUCGAGACUGUUGCUAGCUGACUUUAACGACCACACAGUGAAGCUAGUCGACAUGCAAACCAACAGCCAGCUUUCCAAGAUCGGUGUUCGCGGUCAGCCAUGGGACAUAUGUCUUCUACCCGGAGAUAGGGUCGCUGUUACUUUGGCCGGUAAAGGUAUUCAGUUCCUGGAGACUCGAGGACAACUCGCUCUUGGUAACCGUUUAUUAGUGGAGGGCGACUGUCGAGGUAUUGCUUACCAUGCAGAUAGGUUAAUUGUGUCCUACUACGAUGGAAAGGUAGCGGUACUGAAUAUGAACGGGCACGUUAUAAGAGGCAAAGGUAGGGGAGGCAGUGGACACACCGUGUUUGAAAGGCCUCUCUACUUAAGAGUGGUGUGUGAAGGUUCGACUGCUUUCAUCUACGUAUCAGACUAUAUAAAGAACACAAUCACAAAAAUGGACAUGAACCUAAACAUGAUCAAGACGUUCCAGGACCCUGCAUUGAAAAUACCAAGAGGUAUCACGGCUGUCGGGGACCAGCUAUUAAUCUGUGGUUCGCAAAGUAAUAACAUUAUGAUACUUGAUUUGUCCACUGGUCAGAUGACACAACUGGUGGGGGGGAAUGAGGGGAUACGAGUUCCACUAUGUGUCUACUACUGUCUGCAACAGAACAAGCUUCUUGUCACUGAACAAUCGAACAGUGUAGUAAAGGUGUACAAUAGUAUCGAAUAAUGCUAACAAAUCGAGUGAAAUGGCUCGAAAUAUCAACUUAUUCAAAUGAGAAUAUUUCGUCAUUUAAAUGAUGUUAUUUGUAUUGAACACCAGAUCGUAAUAGUUUUUAAUUAAGAACACGCACUCAAUAUAGUUUGAUGAUUUUUCUUUUUUGCCAUUCCAAGUGCGUACAUAUCCAAAUAUAUUUUUAAAUGUCAUCAAAAAUAAAGUAUAAAUAGUCUGCCAGAAACAAAUCUUUCAGUUCCGUUAUAUACAAUGUUUGUUAAAAAAAAAUUAGCAGCAUUUACCUAUCAGUAAUAAUGGUUAUCAGUAUAUUUUGAUGCUUUUAAAUUGUAUUGGAAACCAUAGCGUUGAUGUGUUACUAAAUGUCCAAAAAUGAACCAUUCACAUUCAAUAUAUGGUAAUGUCCCAUGUCUUUUGUGGUAUAUUCCUUGUCUUAUUAUUAUGAAAUGUCAUUAACAUCUCUUUUUAUAUUGGUCGUAACUUUGAAUAUCUUAAAUAUGUAGGAACUGCACUGAUAGUAACAUAUUGAUAUUCCUUUUUUCAGAGUGUUGAUGUAUAUUAAAAUAAAGAGUGUAA